AUGGCAUUAGCAAAAGGAGAUUUCAACCUUCUAAGAAAUCUUGUGGAGUCUGGCACUGACAUCAACAUCCAAGACAAGGAAGUCCGUACUGCGUUGAUAAACUGCUGUCUUCAUGAUGGAGAGAAGUGGGCUUUAGGAUCAGCUAGGUUGCUUCUUACUUAUGGAGCAAAAGUAGGAUUGUGUGACAAGGUGGGUCGAAACGCACUGAUGUAUGCUAUCAUGUAUGGGAGACAAUACCUUGUCAAGCUUUUCCUUGAUGCACUGGACUAUGAUCUGGAUCACACUGAUAAGUUGCAUCAUACAGCACUGUGGUAUGCAGCCCACUGUGGAAACACUAACAUUACAACAAUGGUGACAAAAUCAAUUGUUAGUGACUUCUAUGCAGCUCUGCGAUUACAGCUCACACCAGUACGGGAGAUACAACUGAACAUACGGGUGACAUCAAUGGAGAACAAAAGGUGUGAGAAAUGCCAAGAGAAGAGGGAUGCAGCUCUGAUAACGUCUUCACUGGAGACAGGACAUCUGUUAACCAAACCAAUUGGAUACAUUGAAUCCUGCUUCGCAGAAAAAAAUGGCACACCCAGGCAACCUUCUGUUUGCAGCUUGUCUCGGGGAUGCUUAAAGAUAAGCAAGAGUGUUUUCAAUAACCCUGAGCAUUCUGUGAUGGAUCUACAACAAUUCUCUCAUGUAUGGAUUUUAUUUAUUUUCCACAAAAAUGGACGUUUAAGCUGCAAAGCAAAAGUUCAACCACCAAGACUAAAUGGAGCAAAAACUGGGGUGUUCUCCACCAGAAGUCCUCAUAGACCCAAUGCAAUUGGACUGACUCUUGCCAAACUAGAAAAAGUAGAAGGUGGAACACUGUAUCUGUCUGGAAUUGACAUGAUACAAGGAACUCCAGUUAUUGAUAUCAAGCCAUAUAUUUCAGAGUAUGAUUCACCGAGAGCAACCCAUUCUUUUGUUGAGGAGCCAGAAGAAAACAAAAAGAAACAUGAAGGCAGUGAUGAUUCUUCUGAGCACCAGCAAGAGACCUCACCUAAAGAAUUCAAUAUAAUCUGCCAUGGUGUAGAGAAUAAAAUGGAAGAUAAAGCUGAGAUAUCUAGCAGUCAUGAUGAAAUAUUAAAUGACCAUAAAGAGAAUGUGGCUUCAGAGACUAUUGUCGGAACAACUCUACCGGUGGAAGAUUCAUGUUCAUUGCAGGAAUAUUCUUCCAGGCAAAUAGGAAAGGAUUUAAGUGUACUGGAUAAAAGGACUGAGCUUACACAUCAAGUGAACACAGGUAUAAAGGAUAAUGAAGACAGAGCCAGGACUUGUGACAGUUUUGUUGCGACCUGGGUGACAGAAUCACCUGUCCCUAAGUUAAAAGUCAGGUUUACACAACAUGCAGAAAUGGAAUUGAAGCAGUUUGAGGCAACAUGUGACUCUGGGGGGCCAUGUUUCCGUUACUUUAAGUCAUUUGAAGAAGCAAAGUGUGCAAUCAGCACUGUUCUAUCAGCUGACCCUCGCUCAGUUUACAGAAGAAAUCGUUGUCUGGAUCGCUUGUUUUAUUUUAGCCUUGAUACCAUGCACUUGACAUGCUGGUUUGGUGAUGGGUUUGCAGAAGUAGUUAGAAUACAGCCAGUCUCACAGGCUUGAUGCCCGUAUUUGUUUUC